GGGCGGGGGCGGGGGCGGGCCCGGGCCUGCGAUUGGCUCUCGGAGCCGGUGUCGCGGCGGCCAGAGCGCCAGAUCAUGGAGCCUUCUACGGUGCUGACCCGGGCCACCGUGCGGCGGCGGCGGCAGGGACCGGCGGCCCCGGAGGCGAUGGCGCGGAAGGAGCCGGAUCGGUUGCCCAGGCGGCAGCGGCGGCCGGGGCGUAGAAUCAAAGAGGACCAAGAAGCAGCAGCAGUCUUUCGAGAAGUGGUCAGUUUCACUCCGGAUCCUUUGCCAGUUAGAUAUUAUGACAAGGACACCACAGAACCCAUCAGCUUUUACUUYUCUUCGCUGGAGGAACUCCUGGCCUGGACGCCCCGCAUGGAAGAUGGCUUCAAUGUGGCCCUGGAGCCCUUGGGGUGUCGUCAGCCCCCACUGAGCAGCCGUAGGCCCCGGACCCUUCUGUGCCAUGACAUGAUGGGCGGGUACCUGGACGACAGGUUUAUUCAGGGCUCAGCGGUGCAGAAUCCCUACUCCUUCUACCACUGGCAGUACAUUGACAUCUUUGUGUACUUCAGCCAUCACACGGUCACCAUCCCCCCCGUGGGCUGGACCAAUGCUGCCCACAGGCACGGGGUCUGUGUGCUGGGGACUUUUAUCACGGAGUGGAAUGAGGGGGCCCGGCUCUGCGAAGCCUUCCUGGCGGGGGAGGAGCRCUCCUACCAGGCGGUGGCCGACCAGCUGGUCCAGAUUGCUCAGUUUUUUCAUUUCGAUGGCUGGCUGAUCAACAUAGAAAACUCUCUGAGUCUGGCCGCUGUGAGGAACACGCCUCUUUUCCUGCGGUACCUGACCACUCAGCUGCACCGUCAGGUCCCAGGGGGCCUGGUGCUCUGGUACGACAGUGUGCUGCAAAGUGGGAGCCUCAAAUGGCAGGAUGAGCUCAAUGAGCACAACAGGGUCUUCUUUGAUUCUUGUGACGGCUUCUUCACCAACUACAACUGGCGGGAAGAACACCUGGAGCGGAUGCUGGGCCAGGCGGGGGAGCGCCUGGCCGAUGUGUACGUGGGUGUGGACGUGUUUGCCCGCGGGAAUGUGGUCGGAGGCCGAUUUGACACGGACAAGUCGCUGGAGCUGAUCCGAAAGCAUGGCUUCUCCGCAGCGCUGUUUGCCCCUGGCUGGGUGUAUGAGUGUCUGGAGAAGGCGGACUUCUUCCAGAACCAGGACAAGUUCUGGAGUUUGCUGCAACGCUUCCUGCCCACACAUAGCAUCUGCUCCUUGCCCUUCGUCACGUCUUUCUGCCUGGGCAUGGGGACACGGAGAGUCUGCUAUGGCCAGGAGCAGGCCGUGGGGCCCUGGUACCACCCGAGUGCCCAGGAGACACAGCCCCUGUUUGGGGAACACAAGCUGCCCGGGGACGGCGGGGGCUGGGUGAAGAUGCACUGCUGCCUGGCGGAUGCCUGGCACGGGGGCAGCUCCCUGCUGCUCCAGGGGGUGAUCCCGCCUGAAGUUGGCAAUGUGGCUGUGAGGUUGUUUUCCCUGCAGAUCCCCGUGCCGCCCAGAAUAUUUCUGUCCUUGGUGUAUAAGCUCGAAGGGCCCUCAGAUGUCGGGGUCGCUUUGGAGCUCACUACAGGGGAUGCUGGCGGCUGUCACAUUGGCAGCAUCUCAGUGCUGAAUGCAGAGACAGGUUCCAGGCAGAGCCUCCAACCCCUCCAGGUACCCCCCACCAAGCUGGCCAGAUGGGCAGGCCACUGUGGCCAGCCGCUCAGCGGGGGCUGGAUCCAGCGCUGCUACGAGGUGAGCCUACGUGGGUGCCUCCUGCAGGACCUCUUCGUGAACUUCUCACGGCCUCCGGGAAGCCGGAAGAAGGAGAGCUUCGCAUGCCGCCUUGGCGAGAUCCAGGUGGUGGAUGCUGACAGCCUGCUGGCCCCUCUGCACCAGGUGCAGGACGUCACUGUCUCCCAGGUCCGCUGGCAGCAGCCCGCCCCUGUACUGGAGGGCCGACCGGUCCGGCUCAGGCUCAGCUGCCUGCUGCACUGGUCCUACCUCCUCCUCCAGGUGCGGUGCUUCCGAGUCCACUGCUGGGAGGGGACUAGAAGUGACUCUCCCAGCAGAGAGCCUCCAGGGCCAGAGAAGCCCACAUUCCUGGGCCUGGCUUUUGCCAACCAGUACCGGGUGGUGGACUUGGUGGUGGAGGCUCCUGGACCCCGCCAGGAUGGCCGUGUGGAGUUCCUGGUGGAGCCUGUCCCCAGGGAGGGCUUCCUGGUGCCUCAGGCGGAGUGGGGCAGGGCGGCCCUGCUCUAUUCCUCCCCACGGUAAGCCAACCCCAGGCAGACUCUCCUCACCCAAGACUCAAGGUUUCUUGGUGGCUGCCGCAAGCUGCCCUAGGUCCCACUCAGGAGGUCAGGUCCUUAGAGGGUUGCCCCCCAGCUCCGCUGUGGCCUCUGGUGGGGCGUUGGUUGUAGGAAGCAGAUUGCUGACUGAUGGUUCUGCUGUUGUGGGACCCCUCUCCACAGUGCGUGGUUCCCAGGGUAAAAGGAGAGGAUCUGGGGAGGUUUUGUCUGGAGAAUUACAUAAAGGAUGUUCCCUAACAGGCUGAAAGGCUUUGAUGCUGAGAACAGUGACCUUUUGUUCCUGAAGACCCAACUGAAAUGGUGGCAGGGAGGCUCUGGGGCAGAGCCAGGGCCCAUCGGAGGUCUUCUGAGGUGGCCCUCAGGGUGGUGGGCAGGAACGAGGGCUGUCUGCAGGGCAGGGCGGCAGAGACGGUGUCUUGGGGGAUGGAGCUCAGGGCUGGCUGGCACUGCGUGUGUCCUGCCCCCAGCUGGAGAAGGCGGGCUGCCACUGACCAGACCACUGCGGGAGCCAGCAGGCCUUGGCCUCCGCUGCSUCUCCUCCAGGUGACAGGCUCACAGCGAGCUUCCACUCAGGCAGUGUGGCCCGGGUCGCCUGCCGCCCCUUUCCCUCUGCUCUCUGCCUUCCCCCUCCCUGGYGGCUUUGGCCCGCUGACACUGUCUUUAGGCCUCGGUGGUGCAGCCUGGCCCCUGCUCUCCUUCGAGUGCCUGUGUGGAGUCUGCUGUGAUGAUGGACAGGGUCAGAGGUUCGCAGGGGUGUCGCCCCCAGGCCACACAGGGCCACUGUUGGGGUUCACCUUCUCUGCCCCUGUCCUCUUUCUAUGCUGGAGGUCUUACCUGGGGCGGGAUCUGUGGUAAGGGAAGAGGUUACCAGGUGGCCAGUGUAGGGGGCUGACCAGCUGGACCAGGCCAGGAGCCUAGAGGGCAGGGGCUCAGCUCUGCCCCCUCCCUUCCUGUGUUCCCUGGUCCUCUCUGGAGUGGAGUUCCAUGCUCCUUCCUGACUGAAUGUUCUUCCAUGUCUCCCAAGGGCCACCCAGCCCUCAGGUGGACAAGUGAGGACCCAGGGCACUGGGCAGGGCCAUGUCUUCCCAGCUGGGGGUAUGACACGGUGCCAGCCAGCCAUGUCUCUCUGGCUAAUCCAAAACUGAGGCCACCAGUGCUGGCCCUCCUGCGUUCUAGACAGCUUGGAUGGGCAGUUCUGGGACCGGGAGACCAUGGCCGCUCCUGCCGGCCUGCCGUGUGCUCUGCUCACCGCUUUCUCUGAUUUGGAUCUCCAGUUUGCCAUUCCCCGGGGCACCUGGAGUGCGCKCAGCCCGGGUGCCCAGAGGAGGCGUUGGGGUGCAGGGCUGGCCGGGCUGCCCACCUGGCCUUGGGGCCCUGGCUGCCAGAUGCCCAACAGCYGCCUCAGUGUCCCGUUUGCCCCGUUUCCUGAGGCCUGGCUUUAGUUAUUUAUUUAAGUGCAAAUAUUUUAUGUAGAGAAGAAGGGRAAAUUUAUAGUGGCAAUUAUUUUCUCACAGUCUGGUGAGCAAGCAAUUAGAAGUGAGGGGGCUUAGUGGAGCAUGGCAUGUGACAGAGCCAUGCAACCCCGCUCCCCAGGAGCACRGUCCCCAGUCCCAGCCAUACAAACUUCUAUGCAAGAAAAUUAAUCUGCCGGCAUUUAAGCCCGGGCCCCUCUGGUGGGUGUAAUCACUCUGAAAUA